AUGGCGAACGCGGAGGAACAGUACAAGCUCUCGCAGGAGCAAAUCGACUUCUUCCUAGAAAAUGGUUGGCUGAAGUUGAGCAACUGCUUCACGAGAGAGCAAGCAGAGGGUCUACAAGAAACACUCUGGACCAGGUUGGGAAUGGAUCCCAAUGACAUGUCGACAUGGCAUACUGAGCGAACGAAUAUGCCCUUCUUUAAUGAAUUCUCCGUAGAAGAGUUCGCGCCGAAAGCCUGGGCAGGAAUCUGCAAUCUCGUUGGCGGCAGCGAUCGCGUCGAUUCCAAUGCAUCAACGUGGAAAGACGGUUUUAUCGUGAAUCUUGGAACAAACGAGGGUCACAACAAGGUUGUUCGGCCGCAAGAUCUUCCUGGUUGGCACGUGGACGGUGACUUCUUUGUGCAUUACCUCGAUUCGCCUGAGCAAGCGCUGUUGGUCAUUCCGUUGUGGACAGAUAUUGUCGCUGGCGGCGGUGGAACAUAUAUCUGUCCAGGAGCCAUUCCAACGGUGGCGAAGCACCUGUACGAGAAUCCUGAGGGAGUCAGCCCAAGGAUGACGCCACGAGCACAGAAUCCAGAGUUUGUGCAAGAACAAGGGCUGAAGUGGUUCAACGAUCUUGCUGCUAGUAUGCCCGAUGAAGCUUUCGUCGAAGCUACUGGUGUAGUCGGUGACGUCUACCUUCUACAUCCGCUGAUGCUGCACUCCGCCUCCAACAACCAGCUUCGAAAGGUCCGCGUCAUUACCAACCCGCCAGUAUCGGUCAAAGAACCCUUUGUAUUUGAUCGUGCGGAUGGAAAUUACAGCGCGGUGGAACGCAAGACAUUGAAGGCGCUAGGCAAGGACAGAAUUGAAGGUUUCAAGAUUACUGGAAAGAGGCAACAGGUCAUUCCUGAGCGUGUAAGGAUUCAGGAAGAGAUGAAGAGGAAGGAAGAAGAGCGGUUGCGUAAGCUGGAGGAAAGAGCUGGAAUUGACGAAGCGAGUCAGAGGGUUGCUACUGCGGCGUGA